AUGUCCAGCCUCAAGCUUCAGAAGCGCCUUGCUGCCUCCGUUCUUGACUGUGGUGUUCGCCGUGUUUGGAUGGAUGACUCCGAAGUCUCAACAAUCGCCAUGGCAAACUCUCGCCAGCAGAUCCGUAAGCUCAUCAAUGAUGGCAUCAUCGUCAAGCGCCCAGUUAAGGUCCACUCCGGUGCUCGCCACACAAAGCGCAUCCUUGCUAAGCGCCUUGGCCGCCACACAGGCUACGGUAAGCGCCGUGGUGGCAGAAAUGCCCGCCUUACAGGCAAGUUCCAGUGGAUCCGCCGCAUUCGCGUCCUUAGGAAGGUUUUGGUCGACUACAGAAAGCGUAAUGAAAUCGAUUGCCACCUUUACCGCAAGCUCUACCUCAAGGCCAAGGGUAACGAGUUCCGUAACCGCCGCAACCUUGUUGAGCACAUCCAGACACUCAAGGCUGAGAACCUUCGUGAAAAGACCCUCCAGUCUCAGAUCGAUGCUCGCCGUGCUCGUAGCCGCCGUGUCCGUGAGCGCAAGAAUGGUGUUUCUCAAUAA